UCUGUAGCAACGAAUGGAAAGUGAAACAAUUCAGAGAUGCCAUUGGAGUCUGUUUUGAAAAGGCUCAACUAAAUGAAAAUGAAAGACGUAGCUAUGUGAUUUAAUGAGUUUUUGUUACGUGAACAGAACCAACGGCCUGCAAGUCUGAUAACAAAAACGUUAGCAAUAUCUGACUCAAAUGAGCCAAUAUUUUGGAGUUAGCUAUUACAGUAGUACUAGCACUAGCUGCUGGUGUAAAUCGAAGCAGUGCUAGCUAUAUUGUUACCAAUUUCUAGCUAGCUAGCAAGUUGAGGACAGCAUUACUGUAACAGAAGAGAAACAUUGUUUGGAAGUCAGUUCAUAAUUAUAUCCAAUCGGACAGUAUAUCUACUUCCAUCCUCACGAGUCUGGUUGUGGACUUGACAAUCAGAAGGGUGUCCGUCCAAGUCAAGUGGGAGACAUACAGCACAGAAGCUGUCGCAAACUAAGUUUUUACAGGUGGAGAAAAUCAUGGAGGCCAAUAGUAUUGCAAGUUCUGAAGUUAAGCCUGGAGGCACUGAGAAUGAUGUUCCAAAAUCAAACCUUUCAGGUGGAAAGAAAGACCUCUUUGACAAACCAAAGCUUCAUAGUGAUAAAGAUUGUGAAACAUGUGUGAACAUACAAGAUGACAGUGCAGCAGAUAAUUCUGCAGUGCAAUGUGGACAUUUUCAUGGAUCACCUGUGCCUGACUGUGGUGCCAGUGGAAAUAUCACUACUCAGUCACACUGUUCUAAUGGACAGAAAGCUAAGAGGUCCAACUCUACCGAAUCUGCCCAUGUCAAAUUAACCACUGUGGCCCCCCAGUUCUCUAAUCCCAAGCCUUCCCUCAGCCUUUCCCUCAACCAUGAUGAGGGUUCAAUUACCUCCCAUGAUGAAGAGAUGAUGAGUCCCGACAAAACCACAGAGAAAUCUUUCCAGUCUAUUGACUCCGGAGAAGGAAACCAAACCCUCGACCUUUUGGCGGAAUUCCCUGUCCCCACCACAUUCUCAACAACAGAUCCCCAGCAUUCUAAAACACUUGAGGAUGCAGAGGAUGUUCCCAUGGAAACCGAAGAUGCAGAAAAGCCAGAGUCUAGUAGUAUAUCUACGGUUACUUUGGAGCGACCUGUCAAUCAGGAUUCUGCCUCCUCAACGAGUGUGUUGGAUUUAAGUGCGGACAUGGACAGGAAAUGGCUGGGAACGCCCAUUGAUGACCUCAACAGGAUGCCCCAGUGCGCCCCUCCCCUGCCACACCUGAAGGCGGCGCACAAUCACACUGUCAUGAUCAGAACCGAUCUCCUCAGGGAGGGGGAAGUGCCUGUCCCCUACCCCACCAAGUUCAAGGACGCCUGGGACGAGGUGUCUGUGAAGAUGCCCUGCUCCGAGAAGAACCUCUUCCCUGUGGGCAGUGAGGAAGGAGGAGUCCAGAGUCGCUGGGAGCUGAUAAAGGCUGCCUUGGACGGGGAGUUCAAAAGCUCUCUGGAUGUUAGGGAUGCAAUACUGAGAUACAACACAGCCCAUGCAAAGAAAUGGGACUUCACAGCUUUGAAUCUUCUAUGCACUGAGAGUCUGGAGAUCUGUGAGGCGCAGCAGCUGUUUGAAACCAUUCUCACAAAGAUGGUCAAUCUAGCGCUCAGUGCCCCUCGCCUCUGCACAAUGCCCAUUCCUCUGUUGAAGAUGAGGAUGAACCACUCCCUGACUCUGUCUCAGGACCAGAUAUCCUGUUUGCUGGCCAAUGCCUUCUUCUGCACAUUUCCCCGGAGGAACUCACGCAAAUCUGAGUACGGCAACUACCCCGAGAUCAACUUCUACAGAUUGUUUGAAGGUUCUUCUCCGAGGAAGAUUGAGAAGCUGAAGACUCUACUCUGCUACUUCAGAAGAGUCACAGAGCACAAACCCACAGGUCUUGUGACGUUCACAAGGCAGAGCCUGAGCACUCCGCCAAACUGGGAAAGCUCCCAAACACAGCUGAGGAGGCUUCACAUUACCUGUGAGGGGACCAUUGAGGACGACGGAUAUGGAAUGCUACAGGUGGACUUUGCCAACAGGAUGGUGGGUGGAGGAGUGACGGGGCUGGGGCUGGUGCAGGAGGAGAUUCGCUUUCUCAUCAACCCUGAGCUCAUUGUCUCCCGCCUCUUCACAGAGGCUUUGGACCACAACGAGUGCCUCAUCAUCACCGGUACAGAGCAGUAUAGUAAAUAUUCUGGCUACGCCGAAAGCUACCAUUGGAAAGAAAGCCACAAGGACGAGACUCCCAGAGAUGAAUGGCAGAGGAGAUGUACUGAGAUUGUGGCAUUGGACGCCCUGAAGUACAGACACUUCCUGGAACAGUUUCAACCUGAGAAGAUGACCAGGGAACUCAACAAGGCAUACUGUGGGUUUUUCCGGCCCAACAGCAACAGCCAGCACCUCUCUGCCGUCGCCACGGGCAACUGGGGAUGCGGGGUGUUCGGUGGAGACACUAAGCUCAAAGCUCUGCUCCAGUUGAUGGCUGCAGCGGAAGCAGGCCGAGACGUGGCCUACUUCACCUUCGGAGACGCUCAGCUCAUGAGGGACGUGCACGCCAUGCACAGCUUCCUCACAAAACGAACCGUCAACGUUGGGAGACUGUUUGGCCUGUUGAACCAGUACUCCAGUGAAGUGUGUAAAAACUGCUGCACGUCUCGCGUGGACGUAAGCCUGUACGGUUUCAUCUACAAUAAGCUCACCCGUGCCAACACCGCAAGGGAUCCUGGGACAUCUGGCAUCCCCUCGGACUAAUGCAGAGGAUGAGGGAGAAAAAAAACGUAAUCUACCCCAAUCCUUCUUUCCCCACCCCCUAUCUGCACCUAUUAGAGAUUUCAGGUUUGUAGACAGCAGUGCUCCCUUUCCAACUCUCUCUCACCCUUUAGGUUUGCAACCACACUUGAACUAGCAGCACUACACAAUUUGCCUUUUUUCCACCAGUGACCUCCCAGUGAGUUACCAGACACAUUAGAACUCAACGGAGAACAUUAGCAAUAUUUAAUUUACCCCCAGUCACUGUUAAGCCUUUUUCCAUUGCUUAAUGGCGAUGCAGAGAGUUGUUUUAAGAUUAUAAGGUGGUUGAAAUCCAAACGUGGCCAAAUACACUUGCAUGGUUGUGGAGGCCGGACACGGCAUGACACAUUUUCCUUGGUUGUGUUGAGUUUUCUUGUCUUGAACAAUAUUCUCUACAACUACACCAAGGCAAAUGUGAGAUUCAUGUAUGUAGAGAGAUGUGAUGUCAUACAGGAGUCUAUGCAUGGAAGUAAUAUGGAUUCCUCAAAAUACUCUUUAUGCUGCUGUUUUUGAUUUAUUUGGUGUUUCCACAUAUUCUAUUGCUCAGGGCAGAUUUUCCCAAAAACCUUUGUAUCAAUUAUAGUUAUUUGGGGGGGAAACUGACCCAAGAUUGGUUAUCAGGUUUACAGUUCAAUUUGUAUUAUCAACUAGAAAAUACAUAAUAUUUACUGAUUCCGUAAUUUAAUUAUGGGGGAGAACAAAUACAAAAAUAUUGUUUGGUUUGUUUGUUAAAAGUUGAGUAUUGAGUCUGCUGCAUGAACAUGCUGAUUAAUAAUGGUUGAUUUUUUAAUCUCAAAAGUGACUGGGGAAAACAAACUGCCAAUAUUAAUAAUAGAUCAACAUAGUUGGUUAUGGACUGAUAUUAUAUUGACAUUAUUUGUUGUUUAUUAAAUUUGUUUUUAAUUUGGACUAUACUAUAUGAUUUACUAUGGGGGGCUUCGUCACAAUUAAUGAGGAUGGAGUUAAGAUGAAGAAGAGCCAAAAUGCUGUAAUUAUCAUGUGUAGUUUUUUAGGCUGUACUCGGUUAUCAUUAUGAUUUCUUAAUUAAAAGUAUAUCCUAUUAUGAUGAA